UCCCCGCCAUGGGGCGCCGGGCGCUCCUUCUGCUCCUGCCGCGGGUGCUGGCCGCGCUCGGCGGCAUCGCGGGCUCCGGGACCGAUGAAGUAAGGUGUAACAUGACGAGGCAAGCUGCGUGUGGGGAAAGGUGCAUUCCUGUGACCUGGCUCUGCAAUGGACGGCAAGAGUGCCCUGAUGGGACUGAUGAGCAGUGUGAGGAAGUGUGUCGUGGACACCCACAGGCCUGGCAGUGUGAUGACGGGAAGUGUAUUUCUGUUAGCUGGCUCUGUGAUGGCGCAGGGGACUGCCCGGACGGCUCUGAUGAGGUUAACUGUGAGGUCUCCAUCGCAUGCCCUGGCCAGAAAGUCCAGUGUCCGGGACAUUCUCAGUGUCGCGAGGCUUGGGAACUCUGUGACGUCCAUGGGGACUGUGGAGAUGGGCUCGAUGAAGCACGCUGCUCCCCGAACCGCUGUCUGGCGGGCCAGUGGCAGUGCAGGAACCAGGUGUGUGUUGCGGAUAGCUGGAGGUGCGACGGGGUCAAUGACUGCGGGGACUCCUCGGACGAGGACGCCUGUGCCUCCUGUCCAGAAGGCACGGUUAGAUGUGAUGAAGGGAAAUGCAUCCUGGAAUCCCUGAUGUGUGAUGGGAAGGCAGACUGCGCAGAUGGUGCUGAUGAACCCACUACAUGUGGGAAGAACUGCUCCCUGGCCAAUGGGGGCUGUGAGAAGCAUUGCAGUGAUACCACCUGGGGAGUCCAGUGUUCGUGUGGAGCUGGGUGGCAGUUACAGCUGGACGGGCAGAGCUGUGCAGAUAUAGAUGAGUGCUCCAAGGCCUACGGUCCCUGUGGCCAGCUAUGCCGUAAUGUCCCAGGCUCUUACUCCUGUGCGUGUGUUCAAGGUCACCAGCUCUACAAUAGUACCAGUUGUCGAGUUACAGAUGAUGCUGUUAAAAUUCUUAUAGCGGCAGACAGAGAACUUGGUGUCCUGGAUCGAAGAACAGGCAUCUAUGAGACCCUGAUACCUAUAAAAUCGAGGCCUGCUUCUGUUGCUUAUGAUCUUGAGAGAAGCACGUACUUUUGGGUGGAUGAAGUCUUACAUGUGUUCGUCCUUGGGCAGCCAAACUCGGUUCCUCUCUAUCCAGAACUUAAAACCGUGGACAGUAUCUCUUUGGACUGGCUCACGGGGCAGUUGUACUGGGCUAGCAGCUUCGCGAGGGUCAUCGGUGCUGGCUUGAGUGAUGGCAGAGGCUACGUCAAGAUCUUGGAAAAGGAUCUGGUGCCAGAGCAGCUAAUCGUGUUUCCCACGAAGAAGUCCUUGUUUUGGGUAAAUCGUGGUAAGAAAGGCACGAGAACUAUCGAAGCUGCAGGGAUGGACGGCUCGGAUCGGAAGGUGCUCGCAGCUGUCCACAUGGAGGAGCCUGUGGGACUGACGCUUGACUACGUGGCCGGCCGGCUCUACUGGAUCAGUGAAUAUAAAGAGUCCAUAGAGACAGUAAACGUGGAUGGCAGUGGGAGGCACACCUUUCCUGAGAUCUUCUUGGAAGAUGACGACCCAAUAGGACUAGCUGUAUUUGAGAACUCUUUCUUCUGGGCAAAUAAAAUACGGCUGUUUCACACUUCGCCCCACACCCCAAAGGAGAGAGUGGUAUUGCUCAAUGCUUCCAUAUCUGCUUUCUCGGUCCUCCACAAAUCCCAACAGCCCAAGGGCAGAUACCCAGCAUGCGCUCCGGGCUCGUGCAGCCACCUCUGUCUCCUGUCCCCCGUCCAUCCCAAGGGCUAUCAGUGUGUUUGUCCAGAGGGAAUGUUCCUUUUACCUUCUGGGAUAUGUAGUGAGUUAAAGCUAGUGUUUUCUUCUGGCAAACGUCUCUACUUACUGAAAGUUGGUUUUAUGGGAACUGCUAUAGAGAGAACCCUAGUUCAAGAGCAUCCUAGGAACAUCUAUUUACUGGAUAUUGACUGGAAAAGAAACCUCAUCUACUGGACAAAUGCCCAGGGACAGCUAUUCUGCUCAACUGGCUAUUCAGGAGAAAAGCGAGAGAUUUGGACAGAGCAUACAGUCUGCUCAGCAAAUGUGGACAUACCCACGGGGAACUUGUACUGGGUGCCCUGUGACCGAAGUGCUAUCCAGAAGACUAGGAUCCCUGGCCCAGACACCUGGACCCUCUACAGAACAGGCAGCAUUAUACUGCCUCUUCUUCUCGAUUGGCCAAAGAGAGUGCUCUACUGGGUAGAAAGUGGGAAACACUUGCAAAGUAUGACUCUCGAUGGCAAAACCAGACAGCAAGUCUGGACAGGCACCUGGACGGCGGACACCCACAUGGCCUUAGACCUUGGCUCGUCUAGCAUCCUCUGGACGACCAAAGGGUCAGGGUUGCAGAGUCUGAGUCUCCUAAAAAACAGAACAUACACUUUGAACAAAACCUGGAGUGACGGAAUUAUAGCGGCUCACGAGCCCUACCUGGUGACCGUGCACAGAGGAGCCCUUCUGCUGUGGGACAGGAGGACGCCGGAGCCCUUCGCGGUGUCGAAAGAGCCGUACGUGAGGAAGAUGAUCAUCCUGGCAGAGAAUCAGCAGGUUUCAGAUCCUGAGCUUGAAGAGGCGGCUGCAGGCGGUCCUCCCCCCGCACUUCCUGUAGCACUCCCGCUGCUUUGCACCCCAUCCUCUGUCCCCUGUCGGAACGGGGACGGAUGUGUUUCUCAGGAGUACCUCUGCGAUGGCAAGCCGGACUGUCAGGAUGGCUCGGACGAAGGAGACUGUUUCCGGUUCUGCAACAGACCAGGGGUCUUCCAGUGUCUGAACAGAAACCAGUGCAUCGAGGAGAAAUACCACUGCGAUGGGGCUCAGCAGUGCUCGGAUGGGUCUGAUGAGCUGGGCUGCUGGAAGCCCACUGAAGAUUGUUCUUUACGUUGUGACAACAAGACCCGCUGUAUCCCCAAGAGCUGGCUGUGUGAUGGCAAUGCAGACUGUUCUGACAAGAGAGAUGAGCAAGGAUGCGUUCAUGCAGAAUGCAGCGCCCCGGAAUUUCGAUGCGAGAACGGCCAGUGCAUCUCAAACUCUCUGCGCUGCGACGGGAACCGAGACUGUGUGGACCACUCCGACGAGGACGGCUGUCCUGGGGCCUUGCCGCUGCAGUGCCCGUUGGGGGAGGUGAAGUGCCGGGGGAGUGGAGAGUGCGUGCCCGCUGCAUGGCUCUGUGACCGGGACUUCGACUGUGAAGAUGGGACCGAUGAGCAGGACUGUGACCCGGGGGAGCUUCGCUGUGGCCCCAGGCAGUGGUCCUGUGCUGGCGGAGACCAGUGCGUGCCUGGCAUGUGGCGCUGUGACGGGCAGAGAGACUGUGAGGACGGCAGCGACGAGGCUGGGUGCCCCCCCGCGAAGUGCCAGAGCUCUGAGUUCCAGUGCCGCUCCCACGGCUGCCUUGCCCUCCGCCUGGUGUGUGACGGGAAGGAGGACUGUGCCGACGGCUCCGAUGAAGGUGGAACGUGCUCGCUGUCAGAAUGCCACCGAGCGCGGUGUCCCCACGCCUGCUACCAGUCCCCGCACGGGCCUGUAUGUGCUUGUGAGCAAGGCUUCGAGCUGGGGAGCAGUGGCCAGGUCUGCAAAGAUGUGGACGAGUGCGAGAAGCCGGGUAGUCAGCCUUGCAGUCAGACCUGUGUCAAUACCCAGGGCUCCUACAGCUGCACCUGUCACCCUGGCUACUCGCUGGAGCCCGAUGGCCACACCUGUAAAGCAACAGGUACUGAACCAAUCUUGCUGGUGGCGCUUCAGUUCAACCUCCUCCUCUAUGGCUUGAGGAGCUUGAAGGAAGACAUUCUGGCAACUGUAGACAAGAACGUGAUGAUUUUCUCUAUUGACUAUGACUUAGUGGGGCAGAAAGUCUUCUGGACUGAUCUCGAUGCAGAAAGCAUUAAGUGGAUAAGUAUGGACACAAAGAAGAAAGGGACCGUGGUGAAGGGGAUAAAGUCAGACUGUAUAGCGGUCGACUGGAUUGGGAGGAACCUCUACUGGGUGGAUGGGACAGCUGGCCAGAUUUUGGCAGUUCAGCUGACCGCUGUGUGGAGAGGAAAAUCCGAGCACACGAUUGUCCUAGAUGAUGACUUGACUCAACCGCGGUCUUUGGCUUUAGAUCCCCUAAAUGGAGUUCUUGUUCUUCUGAAAUCCUUUUUAACUGACAACUAUGUGUAUAUAUCCACACUCAUACCUGUUUCUGUAGGUACCUAUCCAGAUAAAACCCAUUCAACACCAACAUCUAAAAAUGCAGAGGCUGGAAAAAGGUCGACUCCAAAAGCUGCCCUACCUCUCCAAGCUACCAAGUCCACCAAGGCUAGAUAUCCGGGUCCAGAAGGGAUGAGUUAUCCUGUCAGAAAAACAUUAAUCCCUCCAAUUCCUGCUGGAGAAAGCAAGACCCCAGAAACCAAGGAAAAAGGCGAGCUUGUGCAGCCCAAGGACUCACAGAGGGCAAAACAUCUGCCCUGUAGCACGGAUUUCUGUAAUGGGAGGGGAAUCUGCACAAUGGUAGGCGAGCUGAGGAAGUGCCGCUGUCCGAUGGAAUAUGGCGGGGAGUUCUGUGAAGAGCCAGCUCGUGGACCUGCCCCUGGCUACAUCGCCCUCAGCUUAACCAUUGUCUUACCAGUUGUGCUAGUCGCUCUGGGAGCAUUUGUCUGUUUCAGAAGGGAACACAAAUUAAAAAGAAAUAGUGCAGCAGCAUCAAAAAAUUCGACCCGCCAUAAAGAAAAUGGCCAAGAAGAGGAGAAUCUAAUGAAUAGUGAGACUUUUGUCAACGAAGCCUAUGAUGAGCAGAUCUCUUUCAGCUUCGAGUAUGAAAAGCCCGUCACUCCGUAAGAGGAUCCUCAUCCCUCUGGGGAGGAAAACUAAAUUCUACAGACAAAACCAAACCCAACCUGACCUAAUCGUCCAAGAAGUCUAGCUUAGCCACAAGAAAGGAAGAUCACCCUCCAAACCAGUUACAGGAACGCGUCCCGGGUUCGGACUCCGCGUCAGGUGUUUUCCAGCCGCAAGGGAACAGGCAAGUUCAAGGUUGGACACGGUAGGGCGAGUCCUUGGUCCGGGCAUCACCGGCCCAGAGCAGGCCU